UUUACAUCCAUGGUUUAAAGUAGAGGGAGAGCAGAGACGAGGAGGAGGCCACAGCGGCCUGGUACUCAUAUGUGUAUUAAGUUAUUUAUUCUUAAACAUGUAAGCUUAAAUCCCAACCUUGAAGCUUAAAGAAAUCCUUAAUUUUCAUCACGUAAUUUGUUUUACUAGGACGAACAAGACAUGUAAACCGUGGAGUUUCGGGGAGUCGGCGGCGCCAUCUUGUGUCGGGAGUGGGGACCCUGAUGUUGGUGGACUCGAUGUCCACACAGUGAGACUGAACUUCGGACGGUUAAGGAAAGCUCAGCCGUCGGCAUUUGAAGAGUUUGACUCACACGGAUUUAGUGGCAGCUUUAUUUUAAUGCACUGGGACCAGUUCAACACCUGGAGAAAAACCAGCUGACGAGACGACAAACCUGAAGACACCUUCAGAGGCUUCUGGACUAUAUGGGUACAGUGGGUCGAGCCUGGUGAAUGCACACCUUGUUGCGACAUAACAUAGACCCAGCCUCACUGAUCCUGAGUGAAUAAAGUUCAGGAUGGACAGAAAACAGUGUUGUGUGAAGCUGUCGGUCCACCCGUCCAGAGGACUUGUGGAUGAAAAGUUUGUUGUCCUGGUCCAGAACGUCUGUCCUGGUUCACAGCUGACCGUCCGCGCCCUCCACAAGUGUGAAGACGGACACACCUGGGACGCGUUCGGUCACUACAUCGCCAACGCCACUGCGACCGUAAAUGUUUCAGAGGAUCCCAGUCUGGGCGGGACAUAUUCUGGGGUUGAACCCAUGGGUCUACUGUGGAGCCUCAGACCAGUUCCAGGCAGCAAACGUGGGCUCAGGAUGAGGAAGAUGAAUGUCCAGACUCCCAUGGUGGUCACAAUCUCUGUUUACCAAGGUCAUCAGACUGAAGGCUUUGUGGAUCAGGUGCCACUAGCCAGUGCGGUGGUGGAGCGCUGGUACAUGGCGCCCGGCGUCCGCAGGAUCCCGAUCACAGAGGACGGACUCACUGCGACCCUCUUCUUGCCCCCAGGACCGGGCCCUUUCCCCGGCCUCCUGGACCUGUGGGGGGGUGGAGGGAAGUUGGUGGAGUACCGUGCAGCGCUGCUGGCCUCCCACGGCAUCGCCUCCUUGGCUCUCGACUACCUUACACCAAAGGUCACCAUAGAAACCGGGAAGGCUGUGGGCGAUGAUUACUUUGAGAAAGCCUACAGAGUCCUGGAGCAGCAUCCUCAGAUCCUCGGCAGCAGGAUCGCCAUGUUGGGUCUUUCCCUCGGCACCAGUAUCACUCUCAGAAUGGCCGUUUACUCCAAAGUUAUGAAGCUCAGGUGUGCAGUGUGUAUCAGUGGGACUCACGCGCAGUGGGUUGGCAAACCUUUAGAGCAAAUGAUGACUUUCAUGUCAGUAAACGCUACGAAGGUUCGCUAUGACGAGGAGAAAAAUGUGAUUAUGCGAGAUAUGAUGCUGCCCAUUUCGACAGACCCCUCACUGAAAGUAGAUGUGGGAAGAUUCCAGUGUCCUCUGCUGCUGAUUGUGGGUGAGGACGACCAAGACACGCCGGCUUACGAGGCUGCCAUCGAUAUGAAGGAGAUGAUGGAGCGGGCGGGGAACAGCCACCUGUUGACCAUCCUGUCGUACCCGGACGCAGGUCACCUGAUCGAGCCUCCGUUCACGCCGUUUGCUCGAGCCAGCACCUUCAGAGAAGUCCAGUCACACCAGAAAAUGAUGGUUCUGUGGGGCGGAGAGACGGUGGCACAUUCUCGCGCUCAGGAAGACUCCUGGAGGAAGACACUGGUCUUUCUGAGGGAGCAUCUGUACGGCGACGCAAAGCCUGGUGCAGCUCUACUUUCCCGCCUGUAACCAUGGCGACAAAUGAUGGUUAUAAAGUCGUGAAGCUAAUUUAGUGUCCCCCUGGUCCAGGAAGUAAAAGUUGACUUUUCUUCAUAAAUAAUGUAAUGUGACUCACAGUUGAGUACGGUUUUAAUGGAAUUUUCUUGAUUAAAUCAUCAGAACCAACGAAUUAUAACUGUAUUUAAAAAAUAUCUGGUAAUAACGAUAAUAAUAAUAUAAUAAUAAUAAUAAUAUAGAAAAGUCAACUUAAUUUUAGUUAAAGACGAAAAAUACUGAGGUGAUUCAAAGUGCUUAAAAUUGGCAGUGAGAAGUAAUUAAAAGCUCAGUAAAAUCAAUUAAGAUAAAAUGAGAUUUUUAAAAAACUGAAUGAAAUUAAAUAAAGGACGGAUGGAAUUGACUGGAAAUGCAGUUAUAGUUCUCAAAAUGCAUAACAUAAAGCUAGAGAUUACAAAGAGCUCCACAAUGGAAAAAAAUGAAAAAGUAAGAGGCACAGCAUAUAGUAUAUGUAUUUCAUAAAUACAUAAACCCACCUACUUAAAAAGGUACUGUAAAUUCACACAUGCAGACAAAUUUACCCAAUUGGCACAGGAUUUAAAAAGGCUGUUUGAUUACAAAAAAACUCAGAAAGUGAUUUUAAAGAAAAUAUUGAUGUCUGAAUUUGUGGAGCAGUUUGUUCCACUAACGAGGUAAUCUAAUAACAAAAACUCAUAAUGGUAACCACCGAAAUGUUCCCCCCUGACGUCAGACUGUGCGUGUUAAUAAGAGCAAAGUGACACUUAUGCUGACUUUAUAGAUAGCUGCCUGCCAAGCAGCCAGGUCAAGGUUUUGAAAUGUAAACAUCAGUAAACUUUAAGGAAAGAUGAGGAAGAAAUGGGCACAAACUGAACUAGGAUCCUGCUAGUCAUCGUACAGGAGAUGGAAAAUAAACUGCACGACCUCCAUGCGGCGCCAGUUUCUAAAAGGAUAUCAGGGACUGUAAUGUUCUUCCAUUCACCAAAAACUUGGCUGAAUCCUGGAUGACGCCGUUCAACCAAGUGACUCUUCUUCUAUUUGCCGAUCUGACGGAGCAGAGAACUUGUGAGAGCAGGUGUGUGCUUCACGGUGACUGGUGGACUGGUGUGUUUAUGGGAAUGUGAGGUGCUGUCCUGUUCCUGCUUUGGAUCGCUGCUCUACGGCAGCUGCGGUGCAGCGCUGUCCUGUC